UUGGAAUUGGUUCCUGGAUCUCUCAAUAAGGUAUAAUUUUUCAAAAACUUUGGAAUUUCUUUUUUCAUGAUUGUUGACGAUAGUUAUUUUCUGUAACUCGAAAUUAGUUUGGGAAAAAACAUUUUGUGCCAAGUGUGAAAUCUGUCAAAAUUCCGAAAUAUUUUCUGAACCAUAUUUUUCAAAUUUUCUUCAGAACUCGGAUUUUUCCAGAAUUGUACAUAAUUUGCUGUUUUCCAUGCGAUCAGAUUAUAAACCCAAUACAGUAAUCCUUAAUAAAAGUAGCCUCCAGUUUAACAUAAGUAUCCUGUUUCUCAAAGUAUACUAAAUACUACAUAAGUUUAAUCAAAUAUUCAAAAAUCUUUGCUCGCCGGAAAUUAUUUGUUCUCCGCCAUUUUCCCCCUUUUUCUGCUUUUCUCUGGAGCCACUAGUAUUAUUUACCUUUACUAUUGGCAGAUAACUUUGCAAAAAAAGAAUAAAAUGGAGUUUAGUAAAAAAAAAGGUUUUUCCCGCAUAUUUGCUCUAAAAAAUAUUAUUUUACUUUACUUUACUUCUGAUGUAUGGUUUCAAAGUGACGUUUUUUUAAAAAUAAAUGUUAUGUUUUGAUACAAACUCAAAAUAUUUGAAAUUCUCAAAAUUUCUUGGAGUUUAAAAUAAGAACUUUGUGACGCAUGAAAUUAUUUUCUUUAUUUUUAGUUUUCAAAGUGAGAUCUCUAAAAUCGAAUAAAAAGUUUAGCUAUUUUUGUAUCAGAUAUUUUCUGAUCAAUCUAAUUUCUUAGAGUUCAAAUUAAGAACUUCUUCCAAAAAAGUGAAGCAUAUCGAAUUCUCCCACGUGAUUUCGUCUCUCAAUUUUUCAGCCAUUUUUCAUAUCGCUGAAAAUAUCUCUAAACCCUAUUCAUUUCAAAUACUCUCUCACUUUUAUUUGUUUGUUUUUUUUUCGAUGACACGACGACGAGAAAAAGUGUGUUUUUUUUCGAUUUGUUGCCUUCGUUCCACUUUUGUGGUGUUGAAAGUUUCCGAAAAAAAAAAUCGACUAAUAGGUGUUGAUCUUUUAUUUUCGAGAAAAAAUUGAUUGUUCAAAUAGUCAUUGGUUCUUCGUUAAAUUCUAUUUAUAUUUAUUUAGUUUUAGUUUUAGUGCAAAUCAAAUUCGAUUUGAUCUAUGCGAACAUUUAUGUAUAUUGAAAUUUCAAAAGUUUUAUUUAAAAAUUAGAAAAAUUUCAUUUUUAAAAAGUACAGUGAUUUCAUAUCUUAUGUAUCUAAAGUUGCAUUUUUGCCUCAAUAUUUUUUUGUGUGGUCACUUUCAUUUUCCUUAUCAUAAUAUCCAAUCAUUUCAUUUCAUGUUUCACAUCUCAUUUUUUUGCCUCAAAAAAAACUAUCUCUUCACUCUCUCAUUUUCGCCCGCUAUUUCCCUCAUAAUCCGCGUAAAGUUUGCAUUUUUCUCUCCAGCUUCUUUGAUUUGUCCUCGUCGUAAAUUUUCACUUUUUCAUGUUGAUUGGUUCCAGUUCCUUUUUUGGGUUGAAUAAGUAUUUGCCGGAUUUUUUAAAAAUGAAAGGUUAUUCAAAUUUUCUUGACGAAUAAAAAAUCCAAUAAUUUUUCUAUUUAGAAACCUUAAAAGUUUUAUGGUUUCUGCCGAAAAAAUUCUCGAGGCCUUUUUUUUCACAAAACACAAAACCUGUCACUCAUUUCAUUUCACUGACCCCGCCCAACAAAAAAAAUGCGUCACAACUUAAUUUUAACUGACUCAUACAUUUUCUUUCCAAAUAUUUACAUAUAGUUUUUUUGUAGUCUUUUUUUGUUGCCAAGUUGUUUCAUUUCUCUCUUCUGUUUAUAUAACAAUUCAUUUUUUUUUCUCUCUCAAAUUUCACACGACAGUAAUAUAAAUAUAUUUAUUCAAUCAAAUUAUUUAUAACCUUUAUCUAAUCACAAUUUUAUCAAUUGACCUAUCGACUCAUUUUUUGUGUAGAUUUUUUCAGAAUUUUCUUGACUAAUAUGAAUAAUAUAAAAAUGUUUCGAUAGUUUUUAUCUCCGUCAGUUUUUGAAAAAUUUCUUAUCUUCUUUUUUUCAUUUCAAAAAAAAAAAACGUUGUUACAGAUAAAUUUUUAGAAUAUGACAAAUCAUCCAAUUGGCUCAGCUUUUCGAUUAAUAGGAUCACUUAUGUUACCACAAGAUUAUUCAAAUUGUAGUGAUGAUAAACAUGAUACUCCGUCAGCAUAUGAUUUUCUAACACGUGAGUUUGUUUUUCAAAAUUUGCCAAGGAAUAUCGGAAUACAUAAAACUCUACCCUUACAAUGAAUUAUUUUUCCAGAUCUCGAAAAAUUCCAAUUUAUUCUACUCUCAUUAGCAUUAUUUUGUACAUUAAUUGUAAUUGGAAUGUCAUUUAUCCAUUGGUAUUAUGUCUAUAAUUAUGUAUCAAUUGAAAAACGCCGAAACAAACUAUAUUGGCUAAUCGCAGUAUUUCCAGUUGCUUGUACUUGCUCAUUUGUAGCAAUGUGUGCUCCAAGAACAUCAGUUAUAUUAACUUGUAUCGGUGUUUUAUAUUAUCUCAUGUGUCUGUUUGUAAUUGUUUCUUUGGCUCGACAUUUAUUUGGUGGCCGAGAAUCAUUUUCAACAUGUCUUCAAUAUGAUAGUCGUCCAAUUGAUUUUCGAUCUCCUCCAUUUUGUUGUCUUAUUCCUUGUCUUCCAACAGCUCAAUCAACAGAAAAAAAUAUUCGAAGAUUGGAAUGGUGUGUAUUACAAGCUCCGAUUGUUCGAUCAAUUAUUAUAUUUUCUGAUGUUAUUGCAGUUUCUGAAUUACGCGAAGAUGCCAUACCGUUAGUUAUAUUUAUUUCAUUUUGUUUUCCAAAAUUGUAUUUUUUUGCAGAUUCAUUCGAUAUUCCGAUAUGGCAACUUUAUGUUCUCUACUUUUAGCUAUUUUCGGAGUUCACACUUUAGCGCGUGUCACAUCGGUAAUUAUUUUAUUUUCACACAUUUUUUCAGCAAGUCAAUUUUAUUUUCAAAUUUUCCAGAACAAAUUAUCCGCCUAUUGUUUUAUGUCAAUGUUCCGCCUCGUUGAUAUUUCCUUAUUAUUUUUCUCUGCUCAACAGCCAGUUAUUUUCCAAAAUGUACUUCUCAGAUUCAACCUUAUUUCCUGCGGCCCUUUAUUAUCUCCACAAGAAAAUGCAUACUGUAAGUUGUUUUUCUUCAAACUACAGUAGGCAAUAUAAUUUUUGCAGUUGUUUGUAAUUUCAUAAUUUGUUGUGAGAUGCUUUUAUUAAGUCUACUUUCAACAAUUCUUUUGGCUCCUCGUUUCAAUGCAAUGUUUGAUCUUUAUCGAUCACUUCCAAUGUCAGAUCAAUCAACAGAACAAUCAAUUAUUGAUAAUGAAAUAUAA